CCAUAACUUUACCUAAUCGGUAAAGUUUACCUAAUGCUAACAGUAAAUUAACAAGUGGAGUAAUCAUUUCACCAUUUUGUGUCCCGCAUAUAUUUCCUCUUGUUUGAAACGACCAACGACUUAGGAGUCUCCUUGAUUUCAUCGGAACAAUUACAAUAAAUUAACAUACGCUUCUCUCCAACUCCAACCAGCGAUCCAUCUUCCCUUCACAUCUGGCCACUUUACUCCGUUCAAUGGCUUCUCUCGCCUUUAAUUCCGUCGCAACCACCUCCAAAUUCCACUCCUCCGCCGCCGCCGUCGGAAGCUCCUCCAUCCGCCGCCAGCUUACGCAUCUCCGUCUUCCGUCUUCCCCUCUUCAGCCAUCACCUUCCUUGCAAUGCCGCUGGUUCUCUUCCUCUUCUUCCGCCUCUUCAGGCGUGAGAGCUCAGGUGGCAACAACUGAACAAGCUGGAGUUGAAGCUGCUGCGAAAAUUGAAGCUCCCGUCGUUAUUGUCACGGGAGCUUCUAGAGGAAUCGGGAAGGCUAUUGCAUUGUCUUUGGGAAAGGCUGGUUGUAAGGUCCUAGUGAACUAUGCAAGAUCUUCAAAGGAGGCAGAAGAAGUUUCCAAAGAG